AUGCCAACACCGAAUAACGUCAAAACAAACCUGCGGAUCAGAAUGGGCUUGAUGCCUCACAGGAGGAAUCGAAACCUCAGCCUUCAGUACAUAGCAAUGCUUGCGAAUCCAAUCGAAUUUAAGAAUCAGACACAGGACGAUAUAGCAAACUGCACUGAUAGCGACCGAUCACUUUGGGAAGAGCACUGGGCGACACCGGCUACUGUAAGCGAAAGCGCUGGAUAUGCU